CGAGUGCUGAUCAAACUGUGGCGGCUUUGUCGAGAGCUAGAAGAUUAGUGUGCAUUGUGGGUUGAGGGAAGUUUGGAAAAAGAUGGAGGGCAAGGGUGUUGUGCUUAUCGGCCUGCUCCUGGCAACUCUUGCCAUCUUUACUGCUAAUCCAAGGGCUGAAGCUGCCAGAAAAAACCUGCCUGUUUUCCUCGAUGCUUUCAGCGCCGGUACAAGAGAUGGAGAGAACUGCUGCGACAAUUGCGUCUGCACCUUGUCAGAGUGCAUGUGUGGUGAUAUCUAUUACGCGGCCUCCUGUCCUCCCGCAUGUGGUUUAUGUAUAUGUACACUAUCUUAUCCUCCUGGUUGCAGAUGUGUGGAUAUUAAUCCUAGCUACUGCCACACACCAUGCACCGAGUCUCGUAAAGCCGUGCUGAGCAGCUAAUGAAGUGAUGAAGAGGAUGGAAUGAGUUUCCCAAGUGUCUAGCUACUUGUCUAAAUAAGGUCUCCCAAUAUUAAUUGUGAUGACUCAUGAUCACUGCUACUGCAGCAGGUUCUAAAUAAAGCGACCUGGGGUUGUUUUCUUUCAAGUUUCA